CAUCAACCUCCUUUGAAAUUCACAAAAUGGCCACAGCAGCUUCUCAGCUACGACAAAAGUCAUGGAGACGAGACGAGUUUCUCAUCUCAACUGACCCCUCAUUGAUCCCAGUCAAUGAGGUCAUCAAAGUCUUCACCUCCGACGAAAUUUACUGGGCGAAACCUCUCCCAGAAGACGCGACCCGCGAAAUGCUUGACAAUUGCCUCUGCUUCGGACUCUACGACACAGAUCAAGACUCACCACCCCCGUCUCCCGGUAAUCCCACCAAGAGGAAACCCUCCGGUCCAAAGUUCAUCGGCAUAGCGCGCUGCAUCACAGACUUCACAACAGUUCUCUACAUAACCGAUGUCUGGGUCUCCCCCGCCUACCGCAGCGAAGGACUAGGCACAUGGCUUAUGGAAUGUAGUAUGCUUGCUACGGGCGAUUGGGAGAAGAGUGUUCCGUUCUAUGAGAGGGUUAUGGGGAUGAAGGUUACGGAGGGGAAGAGAGGGGAAGAGAGGGGAGUCGAGGGCGAUUAUGGAGAGGAGAGGAAGAGGAAAUCCUAG